UGAGUCCUGUUUGAAGGGGGGAAAAGAAAGAAAAAUAAUUGGGGUAAGGCUCCGAGACGGCAGCAUAGGGUCGGUGAAAAGGAGAGUGAGAGAGGAGCCGAGAAGAAGAGAGACGGCACAAACCAUUUGGAACAGAAGCAUCCUCCCAUAAACUUUUUUAAACCGACUGUUUUGUUACUAAAAACUUGUAGAGCGCUUUUCUGACCGGUUCCUAUUACCCUGGAAGGCAGAAAGAAAUACCCAGUGGAAUAUUAUGUUUGUGUUGUUUUUAUUAUUUUUUUUAGGAACAGUUAAAGGAGAACAAGUUUUUGGCAAGUUACUGUAAAACACUUGGAUUUUAUCUUAAUUUGUAGUUUCGCUGUCUUUAGAUAUACAAACUAAAACAACGUGGGAUUAUUCUGUCACUGGUUUAUUUUCCAUUGUCAGAUCGGUAUCAGAUUCCUUCUACUUGGCUUUUUGGGAAAACGCUUAAUGAACCAAUCUUGCAGUCCAAAGAAGACCAAGCUUACGGAAAUAUUGAUGAAAGGUCGCAGUACCUGCUAAUUAUCUUACUCAACAACUGCGGGUGCGACGAGCUCAAACGUAUCGUGUCUUAAUUUCGCCUUUCUGUGUAAACUCGCCGGGAUCGACGAUGCGGUGAUACGGACUGUACAGCCCUGGUAACUUGUUUUUGUGGAAACUACUGCAUAAAUCCCCAAAGGAAUUCUAAUUGAUCAGGGCUAUCCAAAGAGAAAGAGGAUGAACGCUGGGUGCACGCUGUUUCUGACAGUGUUUGUUUUCACAAUAUGGAACCCAGGUACAGCCAAACCUUUGCCAGGGAUGCGGUUCAUCCAGAGCCCGGCCAACGUGACCUCUUCCCUGGGGAAGCCGGUGCUGCUGCAGUGCACUCUGCAGGGGGGGUCCGGGGAGGAGGAGCCCCCAGACGUGGUCUGGCAGAGGGAGGGCCAGCCCCUGGACUUCGCCGACACCAACCAGAUGCAGGUCCCCGGCGUGGACGACACCUGGCUGACCAUUAGCGAGCUGAGGAUCGAGGAGGUGCAGCUUACGGAUAUGGGGGGGUACCGCUGCUCGGUGACGGAGGGGGGGCAGGAGACGGUGUCCCACAAGGGUCACAUUCAGCUGGAAGGUCUUCCCCAUUUUUCUGUGGAGCCUUACGACAUGCCCGUGGUAGCCAAUGUGAGCGUGAGUCUGCAGUGUGUGGCCCACGGGCCUCCAGAACCUGUACGGGUCAUCUGGCUCCAGGACGGAGCGCCACUCAACACCCUAAUGGACCCGGUGUCUCUGUCACCUUCCACACUCAACAUCACAGGCCUCAAUAAGACCAGCUCUUUCUCCUGUGAGGCCCACAACCGCAAGGGUGUGGCUACGUCAGCGUCUGGGACCGUGACAGUCGUCCCAGCCCAGCCAAAGGCAGUGCAGGCUGUUGAAGCCACCAAUGCCAGUCUGCGCCUCUCCUGGGAGCCUGGCUUUGGAGGGGUGUACCCCAUCAGAGUGUGCUCCAUCCAGGCCACGCCCUCCAAUGCUGACCUCAGCACCGGACCCAAUCACAUGAUCCACAACCAGAACAUCAACGUGCCGCCCGCCAGUCACCUGAUCCCGGACCUGGAGCCCUUCAGCUCUUACAGCGUGAGGGUGGCCUGCCGCACUAGCCAGGGCGCCUCCUCCUGGUCACCCUGGGUACUGCUACGCACCGCCGAAGGAGUUCCAGAGUCGCCUCCAGAGAACAUAAGUGCAGUGGCCAAUGGGACAGAGGUGACGGUUAGCUGGACCGCACCUCUAGGAAGACUCAAUGGGCAACUGCUUGGGUACAAACUGGAAUACAGCACCCCCAACACCACUCAGACUGUGCUAGAGGCAGGGCUGUCCACCGAGCUGUCCGUCAAUCUGUCCGAACCCCUGUCCAAUGUGACCCUCCGGAUUUGUGCGUACACAGGGGCGGGGCCUGGACCCUGGAGCCCUGCCCAAAUCCUCACUCUUGUACCAGUGCCGGGGCCUCAAUCCAGAGGCCUCUCCGCCCUGCAGCUGUUCUCCUGGCGCUGGUGGUACGUCGUCAUGGCGAUCGCCGUCGCCGUGGCGCUCUCAGCGUUCAUCGCGGUGUACGUGGCCAGACUGCGGCGCAAGGAGACGCGCUUCGGAGAGGCGUUCCAGCCCAUGAUGGACGGGGGAGAGUUGGUGGUGAGGUACCGCGCACGCCGCUCCUACAGCCGCCGGUCUACAGAGGCCACACUGAACAGUCUGGUCAUCAGUGACGAGCUGAAGCAGAAGCUCCAGGAUGUGAUGGUGGACAGACACAAACUUACCCUGGGAAAAACACUGGGUGAAGGCGAGUUUGGAUCUGUGAUGGAGGGGCUGCUGACCCAGGAGCAGUAUGUGCUGAAAGUGGCCGUCAAAACUAUGAAGAUUGCCAUCUGCACCCGCAGCGAGAUGGAGGACUUCCUUCGAGAGGCCGCCUGCAUGAAGGAGUUCGACCACCCCAACGUCAUGAGGCUCUUAGGUGUGUGUCUGCAGACGGUGGAGAGCGAGGGCUUCCCGUCUCCCGUAGUCAUCCUGCCGUUCAUGAAGCACGGAGACCUGCACAGCUACUUGCUGUACUCCCGGCUGGGGGACACCCCUGUGUUCCUGCCAUCUCAGAUGCUGGUCAAGUUCAUGACAGACAUCGCACGGGGCAUGGAGUACUUGAGCAGCAAGAACUUCAUCCACAGAGACCUGGCUGCACGAAACUGCAUGCUGAACGAGAACAUGACAGUGUGCGUAGCCGACUUUGGCCUCUCCAAGAAGAUCUACAACGGCGACUACUACAGACAGGGCCGCAUCUCUAAGAUGCCAGUCAAGUGGAUCGCCAUCGAGAGUCUGGCAGACAGGGUCUAUACCACCAAAAGUGAUGUGUGGUCCUUUGGAGUGACGAUGUGGGAGAUCGCCACUAGGGGGCAGACACCCUACCCUGGAGUAGAGAACAGUGAGAUCUACGACUACUUGAGACAGGGCAACCGACUGAAACAGCCCCCUGACUGCCUGGAUAGCAUCUACUCCCUCAUGUUCUCCUGCUGGCUGCUGAGUCCCAAAGACCGGCCGGGGUUCGAGGCGCUGUGCUGCGAGCUGGAGAAGGCCCUGGAGGAGAUGCCAGACCCGCUGGAGGCCGAUGAGAUCCUGUACGUGAACAUGGAGGAGCCUGGCUCCGAGCGGGGGGCCGUGGGGGGCUGGGAGCCCCCUCCCCCGCCCUUCUCCCUGAAGGCCUUCGACUCAGUGGCCACGGCAGAGGUGCACCACCCAGGACGCUACGUCCUCUGCCCCCAACACGAGGCCCAGAGGCUGCUCACGGACUCCAUGGAGAGCCUCAAUCUUGUGGCAUCCUCCUCCACCCCCACCCUGCUCCUGGAGCCCUCUCCCUGCUCCACCCCCUGCCCAAACCCUGCUCUGGAGGGUCAGGAGGACCGGGAAGGGGGGUGUAAGAAGGUCCCCUGGCACUGACCUCCCCCAUUCCCCUACCCCCACAAGGGACGCUCUCCUUAGCAACGGAUUCAGUGCAGGUUUGAGGAAGGGGUGUGCAUCGGUCUUUGAGUGAGCUUUGGACUACGGGCCGACUCGCCCACAAGCAUUAUCCUAGCACAGUGCUAGUGAAUACAGACACAUCUUGGUACUCAACGCAGCACUGGCAUGGUACCAAAAUCCUGAAAACAAAAUGGCGGCUGUUCACAACAACUCCUCCUAGUUUCUUUAAGUUUCUUUAGUACUCAGUCCCACUUAGUGUAUCAGGGAAUGUAGGUAUUUUUCAGAGAUCGGAUGACCAAAACAUAUUUACUUAUACUUUUACUGACUUAUUAUGUUUUCCAUACUUGACAUUCCAGUAUAUACUUUUCAAGGGAAAUUUGUGAUGAUGGACAGCGUGUCCUGUAAUGACCAAAUGUCCGUGGCUCCUAGCCAGCUCCGAGGGGAACAGUAUGAGCAAAUCUCGAUCAGAACAUUUAGGAUUCAGAGCCUAAACGGACCAAAAAAGCACAGACACACAAUGCCAGCAAGGCACAAAUCAAGAGCACAAGCACUUCAAAAACAGCAUACGCAGUUCCACCAGUGGGGGCGGUGUGCUGAAAACAUGCACAGUCUAAUCAGUGCAAAUCAAAUACCGAAACAGUGUUAGACCUGAUUCAGAGGAGCACACAGAAGCCUGGAACGUACAGUUCAGCGUCCAGAGACUUUGUGUUGCUACUUUAAGAUCAACAUUCCCACUCAAUACAGAAGCGAGGAACAAUAAAUAAAUGUUACAAAAGAAGACGGAUCCCUGCAAAAAAAGUGUUUUGGUUUCGUAAUGAUCUUAUUUCUUUCUCUCAAGUAAAAAUUAUUAGCUUAUUUUAAGUGUCUUAAGUAAAAUUGUCUCACCCCAUUGACAAAUCUUGAAGUGAGUCAAGCUGUCUCACCUCAUUGGCAAUAUUUUGUCGUAUUUAGCAAAAAAGUAAAAGAAAUAAGUCUAUUUUAAGUCUAUUUAGAUUUUAACUCUAAAUAUGACUACAAUACCUGUCAAGAUUGACUUGUUUAUUGUUUUUUGCAGUGAGUAUAAAUGCUCACUCUUCCCAGUGAUCCCAGUUUUGGUGCUUGUUUCUUCUUUCAGCCAUCAGCGUGGUGGCAGCCUUAAAGACGUUGAGCCCAUUACGAGACUUGUGGGAAACAAUCACGGAGCGGUGGAGUUGGGGUGGGGUUUAUCCUUCAUUUUUCCGGGUCCUGAAAUCAAGCAUUGCUCUGACACAUGAAAUCACUGCCAUGGACUCUUAACAGACAAAUCCAGAACGUUGUGAAAUCACACAACGACAGGAGGAAUGGGUGGAAAAUGAACUGGGCUGUAAGAAGGACAAAUGGAGGAAAAAUAAGGGAAUAAAGGAAAAAGGGACAAAAAGAAUGGAACUAUUUUCAAAGUGUAUAACUAAAAAAGAACUGAGUGAAGGGGCUUUGUUAUGGUACUUGUCCAGGUAAGGGACAAAAUGUCAUCCUCCACUGUUUACUAUAAACCAAAGAUUGUCUAUCAUAUCAAAAUGUUGAUGUUUGUAGGUUGUAUAUUGAAAGUUACAUAAAUACUACCCUGAGCAUUUCAUUCAACUUCUUGAACAAUUUCAGAAAAAGACCAGAACUACACAGUAAAAUGUUCAUUGUUAAAUUAACUCUUACAGGAGCUAAAUGAACACUGGACAAUUCAUGUAGUACUUCGCUGAGCCAGGCGAGAGCACAGAUAAUUCAGGCUCUCUGGCAAGGGUUCUGUUGUAGCUCAAAAUGACGGCUGGUUUCUGCAGACAGAGGAACAAGAUGGUACUGUGGCACCUGGUUUCUACACUUGACCCUUCUGUGUGCAGACCGAGGGUAUCCCGAUACUCAAAAAAUGUAUCUACUUUUCCUCCACUACCACCUCAUCUCCUAUGUAGAAGUAUGGGGGAGAGAAGACAAGUGAAGGAAAGGAGGAUACGUUUUUUUGUAUUGGAGUAUUGGAACGCACCUAUUGACAUGCAAACCUAAUGUACUAGUGUGCAGUAGGCGGGUUAAAGUCACACACAGCACUGUUGGCAGCCAAUGGAGCAGUGGCUGAAGCACAGUAUUAUUGUUUGUCGUUUGUUCGUAUUUUUGUAUAAUCCUGAAAUUUUAUUUUUGCACUAAUGUUAAUUUUUCCCCCUAUACGAAUGAAAUUGGACGGCCGUACAAUCACAGGCGUACAUUUCGACGGUGAAGGAAUGCACUUGGCAUGCGUAGGUCUAGUCUUGUUAAAUGUAUUGUCGCCAUUUUUUUUUUUUUUUCGGUGUCUUAUCUCGGAGACAGAAUGUGUACAUUCCACGGUGGGUAGGGAGUGCUGCUUGAGACAAACGCUUCUCCAGACACACGCCAGGGCUGUGAGAUGAAAGGGGAGCUUAGCACUGAGUGGUGUGGAGUAAUUUGUGAAAAGGGGGCCCAAAGUGGCAAGAAAUUUUAAACACACCGCACCCUAGGGGUCACGAUUUUUGGCCCCCUCCACGGGCAACUUACCGUCACGGUACCUAACAAGCAAGAGAACCCAGUGCCCUCUUCCCCUCCCUAAGACAAUCUGAGCAUGCUGGGUUUACUAAUGGGAGAAAGGGGUCCGUUCAGUCAUUCCAUCUGUUUCACUGUAACAGAACAGGCUUACUUACAGUUGACUGCAAGGCCUGCAUUUCAUUAGACCACAAAUGUUCAGUGUGAAAUCAACUCUUACAGGGCACGGACAGUCACUAUUAGACUCGUAUGUACUCUGUUAGAGUUUAAAUAACACUGGACAUUUUACAAUGCAGUUUAAAUCCAGAGAAACAAUGCUUUCUCGGUCCUGUGUCGGUUGGUAGCUUUAAAGUUAAAAAACAAAAAUGAGCAGCCCUGCGCCCUUCCAAGGUACAAGAUACAGUGAACCAGCACUGCAGCCAACCUAAAUCACGCGUGACCGAUUGUGGCAUAAGCAUGGUUUCCUUCAGCUCAUGUAUGUUUGCUUGUUCAGGUACCAUUUCCUGGUCUGCUGCAUUCCUUUCUGCGACUUCUCAUUCCAAGCUCAAACCACGGCCCCCUAAUGAGCACAUACUUGACCUUUUACCAUUUUACACUCGCCUCUAGAGAUUAACAGUUCAGAGCAAUACAGUAUGUUACACCACGUCUGGAAAAAUGUUUGAUACUAAUUCGGACAGGGAAACCAGCUCUCGUGACAACACACGUACAGUAUAUAGAGGUUUUGCCAUUAAGUCAAGCACUGUAACCUAACAUGAAUUAUGGCAAUGGUAUGGAAUGGUAAUUCUGAAAUAUGAUGCGAAAAGACAAGUAUUUGAAUUGUGAUGCUAAUCUGGUCAGGUGGAGAAAUUGCAAUGUUUUUAUAAUAACAGCUAAAAAAGCAAAUAAAAAGUGAUUUUUAGUAGAAUUCUAUUUUUUUAAAUGAUCAAUUCUGCCAGACUUUAAGAGGUUCCAAAAGAAAGCCAGUAUCUUUUAUUUGCUUUGCAUUCUGUUAAACAGUAUUGGGUACUGUGCUCAUUGCAAACCUGAUUUGGAGAAAGUACUGAUAAUACACAGUAAUGGUGACUCAUUUCUUCAUGCUGAUUUUGUUUUGUUGUUGUAAAGUUUUGUAUGCUUUUCAUUGAAUAAAUCCAUGUACAAAUAUA